GGCGCAGCGUGCGGGCUGGGCGAUCGGAGCAGCGGGACCAGCGGGAGGCGCAGGAUGGCGGCGGCGGCGGGCGAGGCGCGCCGGGUGCUGGUGUACGGCGGCCGGGGCGCGCUGGGCUCCCGCUGCGUGCAGGCGUUCCGGGCCCGCGACUGGUGGGUGGCCAGCAUCGACGUGGUGGAGAAUGAAGAGGCCAGCGCGAGUGUCGUCGUUAGAAUGACAGACUCGUUUACCGAGCAGGCUGACCAGGUGACGGCUGAGGUCGGGAAGCUCCUGGGUGAAGAGAAGGUGGACGCUAUCCUUUGUGUGGCUGGAGGCUGGGCCGGGGGCAAUGCCAAGUCCAAGUCUCUCUUCAAAAACUGCGACCUCAUGUGGAAGCAGAGCAUGUGGACGUCCACCAUCUCCAGCCACCUGGCCACCAAGCACCUCAAGGAAGGAGGCCUCCUGACCUUGGCGGGGGCCAAGGCCGCCCUGGACGGGACUCCUGGGAUGAUCGGCUACGGCAUGGCCAAGGGCGCCGUCCAUCAGCUCUGCCAGAGCCUCGCGGGGAAGAACAGCGGCAUGCCGCCCGGGGCUGCGGCCAUCGCGGUGCUGCCGAUUACCCUCGACACCCCGAUGAACAGGAAGUCCAUGCCCGAGGCCGACUUCAGCUCCUGGACGCCCUUGGAGUUCCUCGUGCAAACCUUCCAUGACUGGAUCACAGAGAAAAACCGGCCAAGCUCAGGGAGCCUAAUCCAGGUGGUGACGACGGAGGGAAAGACGGAACUUACCCCUGCGUAUUUUUAAGCUUCGUCUCAGUGCCUGCGAGGGGCCUGCCAGAAAAGUCAGCGUGUCUCAGUGUAGCCGCGUCUGGCCCCGUGUUUUCUGUAAUCCUGUUUGUGGUUCGAGAUAGCGACACCUGUCUUUCUCUCACCUUAAUGUGCAUUUGCUUUCCUAAGACAAAAAUGUAAAUGUAAAAUGUUCAUGUGAAAUAAAACUGUGUGUGGGCCAUCUGUGUUAACCACCUAGGUUUUGGGGGUCUCUGCACGGCCCCUCUGAGUUGGCGUCAUGUUGAAGUUGCUUUUGGAACUGUUUAUCUGCCCCUACCAGUGGCCGUCGGCUUGACUGGUUCAGAGAUUUGUUGGCAUUGGGGACAUUUGGGGCCCCGAGUUAUUUUUGAGUGUUACGUUUCUGUCACAGAUGUAGUUUUUGCAGCGUUGAAUUAAACUGCCUUAAAACUCCUUUUGUGGUGUAAGCAAAAUC